UUGGAUGAUCGAUCCAUCUCAGGACUCACCUUAUUUAAUUAAUUAGAACAAGAAAUAAAGUGAUGCAGUUGUUGGUGAGAAUAAAAAGAACAGUCUGGCCAUUAAAUACGCUUCAGUUUCAGCUUCAUUUUGUGUGUGAGGAGGCAAUGGAAUUGGCGGCGGUUUUGGUUUUGGUUUUGAUGGCGUGCGUGGCUGCGUGCGUGGUGUGGUUCUCGCGGCUGGCGUCUGGGCUUAGCGGGCCGCGAGUGUGGCCGGUGGUGGGCAGCCUCCCCGGCCUUUUCCAGCACUCGGAGCGCAUGCAUGAGUGGAUUGCCGACAACCUCCGUGGCGCCGGCGGCACCUAUCAGACCUGCAUUUGCGCCGUCCCCGGACUCGCACGCCGCCAGGGGCUCGUCACCGUCACCUGCGACCCGCGGAACCUGGAGCACGUGCUCAAGGCACGAUUCGACAACUACCCCAAGGGCCCCACGUGGCACGCCGUCUUCCUCGACCUCCUCGGCGACGGCAUCUUCAACUCCGACGGCGACACGUGGCUCGCCCAGCGCAAGACCGCCGCGCUCGAGUUCACCACCCGCACGCUCCGCGCCGCCAUGUCGAGGUGGGUUGCGCGGUCUAUCCACCGCCGUCUCGUCCCCAUUCUGAAGCAGGCCUCUGUUACGUCGACCUCGGUCGACCUACAGGACCUCCUUCUCCGGCUCACCUUCGACAACAUCUGCGGGCUGGCCUUCGGCAAGGACCCUGAGACGCUGGCGCCUGAUCUGCCGGAGAACGCCUUCGCCGCCGCGUUCGACCGCGCCACUGAGGCCAGCCUCCAAAGGUUCAUCUUCCCGGAGGUGGUGUGGCGGUUCAAGAAGUGGCUCCGUAUCGGCAUGGAGGCCACGCUCGCCAGCAGCGUCGCGCGCGUCGAUAGAUACAUUUCCGCCAUCAUCAAGGAGCGCAAGCUGGAGCUCGGCGACGGCGGCCGGAGCUACGACGAUCUCCUCUCUCGGUUCAUGAAGAAGGGCGAGUGCUCCGACUCGAUUCUCCAGCACGUUGUGCUCAACUUCAUACUCGCCGGCCGAGACACCUCCUCUGUCGCGCUCUGCUGGUUCUUCUGGCUCGUAUCUGUCCACCCCGCCGUCGAGCGCCGCAUCAUGGCCGAGCUCGUCGCCGUACUGACGGAGUCCCGCGGCGGUGAUCCUGUUGAGUGGCUCUCCACGCCUCUCGCCUUCGAGGAGAUCGACCGCCUCGUCUAUCUCAAAGCCGCCCUCUCAGAGACGCUCCGUCUCUACCCGUCUGUUCCCGAAGACUCCAAGUACGUCAUCUCCGACGAUAUGCUCCCAGACGGCACAUUCGUGCCGGCGGGCUCCUCCAUCACUUACUCCAUCUACUCCGCCGGAAGAAUGAAAUCGGUGUGGGGGGACGACUGCCUCGAGUACCGACCGGAGCGGUGGCUGUCGCCAGACGGGAAGCAAUUCCAGCCGCACGACCCGUUCAAAUUCGUGGCCUUCAACGCGGGGCCGCGCAUCUGCCUCGGCAAGGACCUCGCCUACCUGCAGAUGAAGUUGGUAGCUGCGUCGGUGCUGCUGCGCCACCGCCUCAAGGUCGCCGCCGGCCACCGCGUGGAGCAAAAGAUGUCGCUCACAUUGUUCAUGAAGAAUGGGCUGAGGAUGAAUGUGUUCGACCGUGACUUGUCCAGCAACCUCACAGGGGCGGUUCCCGCUGCCUGAUUGCUACCAUCGGUAGAGACAACAAGAGGGAUUGCAGUGCGGUUCACUAGCUCAUCAAUUUGUGAUUCGUGUAGAUACACAGUUUAAUUGUAAACAAUAUAUUUCACAAUGUAAUAACAGAUUUGAUUUGAUGCCAGUAAAUUCAUAGCAUUGGGUUUAA